UGUUGCUGUUCUUUACCCGGCAGAGCCGGGGCCGCCCGGGGGCUGCAGCCGAGGAGGAGGCGGCGGCCGAGCCCAGGAGCUGUGCCGUGCUGGUCUGUGACAGACGCCAACGCUCCGGCGAGCAGCGACAGCCUCGGGGAGAGCCGUGGAGCCCAUGGAAUAGAGGAGAGUCCCCGGCGCGGUGUCUCCAGCAGGACCCGGAGCAGCCCGAGGCAGGGACAGGAGCCGGACAUGCCCGAGCCAGCCCCGCUCGGCGGGGACAGGAAAGCGGCGGAGAAGAAGCGGGGGGAGAAGGUGGGAGCCAAGGGCAGCGCUGCCGGGCCGCCAGUCCCCAGGACCCUCCCGGUGCAGAGCAAGGUGGAGCCGCCCAGCCUGGACCCUGCGGAGGAGCCGCUGCUCUGGGAAGGGCUCACCCUCAACAAGUGCAUCCUGGUGGCCUCCGUGGUCGCCCUGCUCAGCGUCACCUUCCAGGUGCUCCAAGCUCCAUGCUCCAAGGAGGGACUGGCCCGCGGCCGGCAGGAGCCUCCGCCCCCUCCCGUUCCCGAGGCUGUGAGCCCCAAGGCGGAGAUCCCAGAGGCGGUGACCGCCCAGGCUGAGCCGCCACCGGAGAGCAGCGCGGUGGAGGAUGAUGGUGAUGAUGAAGACGGUGACGAUUACGAUGACAGCGAAGCUGACAGCAACCUGGCAGAACCCUGGAUCUUCAAGAAGUGGUUUGGCCGCGCAACACCAGAGGAUGAGGACAAGGAUGAGGACAAGAAUGGGGACAAGGAUGAGGACAAGGAUGAGGACAAGGAUGAGGAUAAGGAUGAGGAUGAGGAUGAGGACAAGGAUGAAGAACCUGCAGCUGUCCUCGAGGUGCCAGUGGCUGUGAUGGAGGGGAAGAAGAGCCAGGAGAAGAAAGUGGAGAAGGAGGAGGAGGAAGAGGAAGAAAAAGAGGAGAAGGAGAAAGAAAAAGAGGAGAAUGAGGAGGAGGAGGAGAAUGAGAAGAAGGAGGAGGAAGCGGAGGAGGAGAAGGAGGAGAAGAAGAAGGAGGGGAAGAAGGAGAAAGCCCGGGAAGGCCGUGCUGUCCAUGUGGAGCGGAGCAGCCGGAGGGAGGCACGAGCCAAGGACAGGACAGCGGGGGACAAACCUGGCAGAGCCCCCAGGGCCCCCAGGGAAGCCGAGCAGCAGCCCCAGAAGAAGCGAGACCGGGAGAGGAAGGAGAGGAAGGAGAGACGGCGGGAGAGGGAUGAGUCCAGGAGGGACGGGUGGAGGGGCCGUCCCGGCAGGGCUGAGGGUGGCCGGGAGAGCCCGAGGGAGAGCCCGAGGCGGGACUGGAAGCAGCAGAAGGGCAGGAGGCCCUGGGAGCCGGCGCCGGGCAGGGACGGCAGGGCCAGGGAGGGCAAGAGGCGCGACUGA